AUGGCUACUAAACGGAAAGUAAGUCCCCUGUGGAAUCACUUUGAAGAAGUUGUUCCAAGCAAAAAAGCGCAAUGUAGUUAUUGCUUUCGUGUGCUUGCAAUUUCAUCUAGUUCCAUAGGAAGCUUAAGCCGGCAUUUAAAAUCUAACCAUCCAACCAUAGAAAUAAAUAGCCAAAGGCAACCUGAAUCAGUUCCCGAUAGCAUCGCAGAUACAGAGCAGGGUCCAUCAUACAGAGGCUUAGAACACAAAGAAGCACCCACCAAUACAGUGCGAGUAACUAACAGGCCUAUGGGUCCCUCUAUGGUAGACUAUAUAAUUAAUAAAAAACCACUACCACGGAAUAAAAUUCAAAUGCUUGACGAGCAAUUAGUU